AUACAGCUUUGCUGAGGAGACCAGGGCCACAUUCCUGCUUCCAUCCAGCCCUCAUAGCUGGAGAAGAGACUCAGGUUCCAAAAUGUUGCUGGGUGAAGCAACUGUCUUUUUUUGUUUCCAGUAAAAUACCCAUUGUGGUGAAUUUAUUUGAAGGUGGCUCAAAGGGAAUCACUGGUCCAACAUCUCCUUCCUUUUGACAUUGAAGCAUUUCCAAUAGCUUUAAGUAACUGGUUAAAAGAAGGAUCUCUGCUAUCUUCAUAUGAGUUAUGUGAUGCUGCUACUACUUGAUGAUUCAGUGGUCUGUUCUCAGUUUGCCACACAUCUCACUCACAGAGAGAAAAUAAUUCCUUGCUCUCCUGUUUCCAAAUUCUCUAGCCUUUUCUUUACACUGUUGUAAAUUUGGUGUGAAAUUCAAUCACUGUUAACAAAGUAGUACCUGAUUGGCAACAUGGUCUAAGAUUAAGAUUAUAUCAGACACUUAAGAUCUUGGACAAAAGUGCAUCCAGUAAUAGAAACCCAUAUAAAUAUAUAAAACCAUGUAAACAGAAAGUCUUUCUUGCAUCUUUUGAAAAUUUUCAUAAGAUGAUGGGGAAAGAAAAGAUUGCUCAUUUAGUAAAUAAUAGUCUUAAGAUAUAAAGCAUUCUCAUUUUUAAAAAACUGCCUCCGGUCUUCAAAAAUUGCAUUUUGUAUUCACAGGAAAAUUCAGGUUGGAAAUUAUCUUAGCAGGUCUUUAAUCCCACCUCUUCCUCACAAGAACAUCAGUUACGAGAUCAAACCAAGCUGCUGAGGGCUUUGUUCAGUGUGGUCUUGAAAACCUCCAAGAAUGGAGGCCACAUAACCUUUCUAAGCAAUUCAUUCCAAUGUUUCACCAUCCCCGUGAUGAAAAGGUUUUCCCUUAUGUCCCUCCUGAACUUUUCUUUUUGUCAUUAUCUCUCUUCCUCUCACAAGCCACACUGUGAAAAGCCUGGCUCCAGCUUUUGAUGGCCUUCUCUCAGGUGCUGGAGGGCUUCUGGAUCUCUUCUCUAAACGUCCAUGUGGCUUUGUGAAAGCAUUUAUUGAUUCAAGAAAUUUUUGUUGGCCACAGAUAAAAAAAGUUCCUUCUUUUAAUAGUCUCUCUUCAUAUAACUUCAAGAUUAAUUUGAAAUAAUCCAAGCAUUUACUACAUUGAAAAAACAACCGGAGGCCCACAUUUAUCCUGGUCUUGAAUCCUCCCUAAGCUACCUGUAAAACAGCAUUGCUAAGCAUGGAGAUCCUCACGCACAUCUCACUCCAGUCACUUCACAUGAUACCUAGUUGGGUUUGGUUCAAUGUUCAUAUGGUAAAUACAAUUUAUUUAUUAUCUGCAACAAGAAUAAAUCCAAGUUUCUUUUUUUUCUUUUUUUUUUUUGGUAGAGAUUUCUUGAGGAAGUAGCUCUAGAGCGGUAGAUUCCAUACAGGUAUUUCUGGGAUUAAUUGAUGCUGGACAUUGUGGAUUAUCUCAUCUUUUAUUUCAACAUAUUUCCAAUCUUCUAUAUAGUUAAUUUCAGAAGAAGAUACACAUCCUCUGGUGUGUUACAGCACUGUAGUUUCUGGGAGGGUCAGGAUAUGACCCAGACUUAUAAUAAAGGCCAAGGGCUCUGUUAUCAUUGAUGUUGAAUCUGCCAGGGCUCUGUACACAGUCUGGACCUGCAUUAAUGAAACCCUUGAGCUAACCAGGUUUUGGCUUGGGCAUUUCACUAUUUCCUGGCCACUGCAGCUUUCCAGAGAGCUCCAAGAAAAAAAUGACAUAACCUUAUGUUGAGUUUCUCUUUCUUGGAAGAUGGACAUGCCCUAAUUCAAUCUUCCUCUGUCACUCCUGUGUUUUUAAAAGAAGAGGUAAUGAGGUUCACAUGUGUAACGGUGUAAAUGUAUAAUGUCAUAUAUACUUACCUGGUUUAAUCAAUCACAGGAUGCAAGUAUUUUAUGUCAGUAGCAUAAACUGAGAGCGCUUCAACAUAAUAAAAUGUUAAGAUCUUGUAAAUAUUGCCUGUACAAACAUGCAGCUGGUGAAUAUGGAUGUCAAGAAGAUGAACACCUGGGAAUGCCUUGUAACACAUAGCAUAUUUGGUAGCUCUAUAUAGAAUUGGUUUGUCUUUUCAAAGUGCAUUUCUAAUAACCACAACAAUCAAACUUCUGGUUUUAUUUUAUUUCAUAUGAAUCACUUUUAUUGUUGCUUUAAUCAAUGUUAAAUGAUCUUUUUCUAUUUUUCUAUCUUUCACUUCCUGCAAUGUUUGCUUUGAAACCUCACCUAUAAGACAAGCAAAGUAAAUUGACUAUUUAUAAUGGUUACUAUUCAUGCCUUGAUUUGACACCACCACAAUAAAAAUGAAGACUCCUUUUCCCUUUUCCUUGAGGAAAAGCUCAGGAGCGACACCUGAGAUUUUCAAAAGGUUACCUUCUGUUCAUUUUAGGGGGCAGCUGCAGUGCUUCAUUUGACACAAAUAGUGAACUAAACAAAUACUUGUAUCUGUGGACCAACAGUGGAUUUACUCCAGUGCAUUUAUACAGAUAAAGAACAGAAACAAGAUCUACCUCCAAUACAGCAAUUACAGAAUUCAAGGAAUCUUUUUUUUCUUCCUGUGGAAUCUGUCUGAGAAAAAUACUGUUGAAAUCUUAAAAUUCUUUAUAAUAUUUAUCUGAAAAUACUUCGUGUUUUCACCUAUGUGGACACCAAUCAGGAAGUCAAAAUGAUUGGUUUAAAUUUGAAGUGAGAACAAAAUCAGAAGUUGAAAAUUGCCACAUGGCAGUGUCAUGCCUGAAGAAAUGCAAUGGUUCUCGUAUUUAUAUUUAAUAUGGUUCUAAAAUAAUUUCCUUAAUUCUUCUCUGCAGUGCAGAGUUUAAAAGUCAUUCAAGGAGCACAACAAAUUAAAAUAAUUCAGUAUUUCCUUGUACAAACUGUUCAGGCUGAAAUGCUUAGCUUGUGAAAGAAUUAAUCCCUGGAUCUUUGCAUCCACUUUAUCAACUAAUACAGAGACAUUUCUACCAGAAAAACUAGUCCAAAAAUCAUUCUCCAUCAGAAGCUUGAGAUCAGGAUCAGCCAAGGUAUCUUUCAACUGUUUUGUUACUUAAUUUAGAAAUGCUUAUUUGUGUUGAUGUAAAUUAUACUUCUGAUCACAAUGGUAUUUUUCUGGCUUUUGAGAACCAGUGAGGAAAAGUGAGCAAACCAUGUCAGUUAUUUUUGGCCUGUCUUUUAUUUCACAUCUAUCUGUGUUCAAGAUUUGUUAGGGGUUGUAAAAACAAUAGGUAAAGCAUUUGGAGAACACUGAAUCCUUUGAUUUGCUCCAAGUAAUACAUGAAAAGUGAUUAUUAUGUUGAUUGUAAACCAGGAUGUCAUUUAGGUAUCUGUCCUUUCCAGAAUAGCUCAGAUUUUCUAUGGGAAAAGCUGGAUGCCAUUGGGUCAGUCACACUGAGGAAGAAAGAUAAGUGAAGGAAUAAUCAAGGAGAUCAUGUCCAGUCCUGGAUUCAAAACAUGCUUUGUGAGAAGUCAUUCCCUAGCUUUGAGACCAGAUGCACUCUUAUGUUCUACAUUGGCAGGGAGCACUGAAAAAGCAGGACCUCAGAAGAACAGUCAAUUUCCGUGUUCAGCUACUCUUAAAAAGUUCCUGCAUUCCAUACUUUUUAUUUCUAAAGUUUGUGAACUCAGAUUUUGUUUAUUUUUUAAUCAGAAGAGCAUUAGAAAAGCAACAAGAGAAGUUAAGACUAGAAAGUGUUCUUUGUCAUCCUGUUAUAAAAAGCGAUUUGCUAGUAUUGUUAUUUCAGCACAUUGUAUACUAUGCCUUUUUACCUGGAAGCCAAAUUUAAUUUCCAAUGUGGUAAGCCAUGCUGAACUCCCUCUUCCAGAUUCAGAACUCACACAGAAAUCAUAAGUCUUCAGUUUGCUUCCAAAUGCACAUAUUUGGGUUUCUUUUUUCCUGUGGCAAGGCAUAACUUCUGGGCUGCUGCACAGAAUCUGGCUUUAUUUGGUUCCUAUAUUGCACCUUGACACUAGAGGGGGAAAGAACCAAACCAGUAGGAAUAACUAUAGUAUAGAAAUAAACACACCUUGAUGAUAUUAGUGACUCAGUUUGCAACACCCUCAGAAAAUGUAGAUCUCAAAAGUAAGCCUGAGUGGAAAUUUUUAAGGUAUAAUUUACCCUGCCAAGUUCGUCAGCUGGAAUGCUUUGUUGCUCUGAACUAGAAAGAAUAGAAGAGGACAAAAAACUGAUUAAGUGCUGUAUUUGUUCAUUUAUAUCUUAUAGUUUCAUACCCUUAAUUGUGGAAUGUACUUCAAUGGAGGAAAUUUGUGCCAGCCCAGCUGUGCACAACUCCAUGGUUUGCAUCCAUUGCAGAAAACCAGUAGGCUGGCAUUCUCUCGGCCUGGUAGUCAUAGGUCCUAUCAACAACAACCCAGCAAACACCUGGAUCUCCCACCAGAGACAGCCCUGCUAGUGCAACACCCCAUGCUUCUCUACCCAUAUCCAUUCCAUAGGAAUGGAAUAACAAGCUGUACCUUUUAGUUAUGGAAGUCAGAAACAAGAGUGAUGGUCUUGAUAGAUACUGUGUAAGGAAUUGUCAUCCUUAGCACAGACCAAGAGAAGGCCUUCCAUCAGUGAUUAUAAGCUGGAUGUCUCAGCUGAUUCAGAUCAGGUUGCUUCGUAAUGUUGUUGCAGUACUCAGUAAUAUCAAUGCUACUGUAACUUCCAUCUCCCAAAUGUUUCGCUUUUCCAGUUGAAAAGAAACACCAGAGCAUCAAGGCUCUGAGUCCUUGCACAUUGCACUUUCCUGUUGAAAUAUUUCUAUUCCCCCCACUCACACUGACAGAGUGGUCCCAGAAAAAGUCCAGGAUGGUCUCCUGGGAAUUAACCACAAAAGUUUUCACUUUUCAGAGUGGUAAGAGGCCUUCUGCUGCCAGUCAGUCAUCCUCCUCUGGAUAAUGGCUGGCCACAGGUUACGAGCACAGUACAAAUGGCAAGUCCGGGGAUUUUCCCAGAUACAGAUAUGAAUUAAAUCAUUUUUUCCAGUCUUUUUCUGUGAGCACUACCUCUUGUUUGAAGGUGGAUGUAAAACCAUCUGAAUGCUAAGCAAAGUAGGGAUAUUUAUAUCCAGAACAUUUUAACAGUAAGAGAGUGUAAUAACAAAUUUGCAGCCCUAGCCACCUGGCCAUCUUCCUCUGCAUGUGUGUGUGAGUGUGUGUUUGUUUUCUUUCAGAAGCAGUGUGACACAGAUGACACUUGCCAUACAGCUCUUCCUACAGAAAAAAAUGCAAGCCCAGCUCAUUUCGAGUGCAUGAUAAUUAUUAAGGCUACCAUGAGUGAAACUCUGAUACAUUUUAGCUAAUGAUUAACCUUAAGCCCUCCUUCCCCCAUAUGUAUUUGGAUUAAAAGGGCAAUACAGAGACUGAAAGCAGUAGGCAUGAGUAGUUUAUUCCCUAACUCUAUGGACUAAAGGGUGGAGUCAUCUGACAGAGUUCAGGAGCAGUAGGCCAGGCAGUGAGGGGAUUGAUCUUAUUAGGACUAGAAAAGAAAGAGGUUCUGUUGUGUGACCAAGUUGAAUUCAGGAUGUUUGUAAGCUUCACCAUGCUGGUUUUACUGGUGCCAGCAAUGUUUGUGUGGUACAGACAGCAGCUAUUGACUUUUCCAUUUAUUCAGCUCCAUACUCUUCUUUCUUCUGGGGAGUCUGCUGUAAUUAGAGAGUUUAGAGCAUUUUCUUGUACACAAGUCUAGUGUUUAGAGUAAGGCUUUACUUGUCAAGACUUUAAGAGUCUAUCUGUGACUCCAUAUGUAUAUGACCUGGGGUAAGUCAUAUAACCGCAGUUUUGAUUCAGCUUCCCAGCCUGGAAAUCAAUACCAACCUCAGAGGGCUUUAUUCAUUUGAUUGAGAUCUUUAGAUAAAACAUUCUGAUUCACAAUUCUUAUCAAGCCCUUUAUUUUAGAUAGAGAACAGAUGUGGAGGGGUAAAAUUUCUCUGUUAGUCUCAUUUUGUAAGCCCUGAUACCCUGAUGUUCUAUUGAAAAAUUCUCCAGGGCAAUAGCUGGGAACAUGGGUGUGUGAUUCCUGGGUGUUUUGGGUAGGUCACAUCUUGGGACAGUAACCUAUGAAGUACUGAGCAGGAUCAGCAGCAUGCCUCUCCUCAGCAUGCACAGCCGGCAGAUCAGCUGGACUCCACUGCUGGUACUGGGUUAUCUCUUUUACCUCCUCCUGGGUGCUAUGGUGUUCCAGCUGCUGGAGAAGCAGGCAGAGACACAUUUUCGGGACCAGUUCCAGCUGGAAAAGCUCAAGUUCCUGCAGAACUACACAUGCUUGGACAGACAAGCCCUGGAGCAGUUUGUACAGGUCCUCAUGGAAGCAUGGGAAAAAGGGGUCAACCCAGAAGGAAAUUCUACAAAUCCCAGUAACUGGGACUUCAGCAACUCCUUCUUUUUUGCAGGAACUGUUGUCACCACUAUAGGUUAUGGUAACUUGUCCCCCAGCACAGUGGCAGGGCAGAUCUUCUGUGUGUUUUAUGCCUUAUUUGGAGUGCCCCUCAACCUGGCCUUCCUUAAUCAGCUGGGAAAAGGUCUCAAUGCUCAUCUGCUUACCCUGGAAAGAUGGGUGCAAAAGCCAGGGCGUGCCCAGGUGGUUCAAACAUUGGCAGUGGCCAUCUUCCUGACCACUGGGACCUUGCUUUUCCUGGUGUUCCCACCGUUAGUCUUCAGUUAUGUAGAAGGCUGGAGCUAUGGAGAAGGUUUUUACUUCACCUUCAUCACCCUGAGCACCAUUGGAUUUGGGGACUAUGUAGUAGGCACAAACCCCAACAAGCAUUAUAUCCCCGUGUACAGGAGCCUAACUGCAAUAUGGAUUGUUUUUGGCUUGGCCUGGCUUGCUCUGGUCUUCAACGUGGGAGCUGACUUGAUGGAAAGAUACCUUCAGCUAAAGUGGCACAAGUCUGACUUAAGCUUGGCAGAAGGAGCCACCACCAAAUUGGAAGAUGAACCUGAGCAGCCUAGAAUCCAUAUCCCUAGCUGAGCAAGUGGGAUACAGUUCUAAUGGUCACUCAUUUUCAAAAAAAUCCAGAGUGACUGCCUCCCAGCUUCAAUAAGAAGUCAUGUCACCAAGAAUCUCAAGUGGAAAAAGUCAGGUACAGAAAUCUUUCUUCAUUUCCAAUCAGAAAACAAACAAAACCACAGAGGAAUAUCAUCAGUAAUGAACACCUGCUUAAUGACAUCCAUCCAAUUAAGAUUCAGUUGAUAUUGUCUGGAAUGAGCAGCUUUCAUAUCAAAUGAUAGCAUUUCUUUAUUUUCUGGGCUUGCCUUUCAAUUGUGAGGAAAUUAUGUGUCUGUCCAGCACUGCCUGGACUGUUACAGUUCAUCUCAGAGUGAACUGCCAGCUCAAAGCAGGUCCUUAUCGUGGUUCAUUUCACAGCCACUUGAUAACAGCACUUUAAACUAAAUCUAAAAGCAAGGAGACAUCCUUAUUUCCAGUCAGAUCACAAGCAUUAUUACAGUCUGGCAUUUGCUUUGGGCCAGUUCAUAGAAGAGCUAUUAUGUACCACACAGAACUGAUGCUGUACAUUUACCUCUAAAUAAGGCCAAUGAUAGGCUCUUGCAUUAAGUCUUAUCCUCAGUCAGGCCCAUUGUGUGACCCAUGAAGCAGGGAGAUUGAAUUUAUCACAGUUGUUGUAAGUCAAAAGCAGCAGCAGCCAUCUCCAAAGGAGCUGAAAAACCAAAGGAGUACAUAAAAGCACCUAAUAAGAGACUAGUCACUGAGAUGCAGAUCUGUAGCCAUACUCUCUAUCAAAGUAAACUCCAGAAACUUGAUAAAACAAUUAUCCAUUCAUUGGGUACCAUGCUCAAUCAUCACUAACAUGUUCCAUGGGUAUGCUCAUAACUAUAUACACACUGCUAUUUAUUCAGUAUGUUUAUAUCUCAUAGUAACCAUCAACUAAUCCCUUUGAAGUCAUUUAUAAGUGGGACUUUAGUGUAAAGCAUGAGUGCAAUAUGGCUGGGUACAUAGACUAGCCCCAAGCUAGCGUAUUUCUGACACACUAUAGGAACAUGAAAUGUCAGCCUUUCAGCAGCUGCUUUGAUAUUUCGUUUUGGAGAAGUGUCCAUAAAACAUGUAGAGACUUGUGUAGGUCACUAAUCUUUUCCUGCAUACUUUCUGAGCUAGAUUUUUACUUCUGAGGAGGGUCACAACAUAUGUUUGUUCUUACACCUGACAUGGUGCAUGUUUUCUUUGCCAGUUGCUGACUCCUGCAUAGUGCAGUGUGGCUACUCAAAUCUGAAAUGCUGGCAUAAAAGAAUGCUGGUUAUGGUUUAUCCAACUAAUUUAAAAAAUGAAUGUUCAAAUGCAUAUCCCGUCCAAGAUUUCCCUCAUGUCUUACCACUACCUACCUCACAGAUUUUUAUCGCCUCGGUUUUUGCACUGAUCUUCCUCUAUGCCCUCAGCUAUUCCCAUACAUUUAUGCAAUGGCUUUCUCUGUAGACUUUCACUGAGAGCAGCCAACUCUCUCCUGUCUGGCUUUUUGUAUCUUUGCAAAUCUCAUGGGAAACUUUGUCUCUCAGUAUUUUCUGUUCUUCAGACAGAAUGUUUGCACUUGCACUUGUUAACAUCAUCACCAUCACUGUACUCUGUACCUGCCUUGUGUUAACACCACAAGACACUUCUGGCCUCUUUAUGUAAAAGACAAAACUGAAGUUCUGCUGACUGUUCUAUCUAACCUGUUCUCUUCACCUUGCCUCUUUCCAUGCCUUCUGUACUUUAUCAAGCCGUAGUCAGCCACAACACAUGCACUAGUCUAAAGGUGAUCCUAUCCAGUGUUUUACACCAUGCUGCAUGCCAUAAUAAAAAUGAUAAAGAGGUUGAUCAGUGAUAGAAAGCACUUACUGGCAGUGUUUCUUAAAAUUAUCCUUACUUGACAUCUGACUGCAGGAAGUCUGGAUUGUUUUUCCCGCAGUCCAGAAAAUUGCUCCUGUAUCUGAUACUGAUUUUGCAAAGUAGCAGCAAAUGGUGAGACUACCUCCUGGAUUUUUUGCUACUGCUGUGUUUAAUAAAGCUGACAGCAACUGCAGCAGUUCUGCAGCUGCCCAACAGAAGACUCAAAAAGCUGCCUUUAAAUCAAGCAUAUGGCCAUAUUGGAAGAGAAAUGAGAAGGAUACUGAUGCCCUCUCCCGUGUUACAUAAGUGAUAGAAAUUUCUUGCUCAUCUUGUCAAUUUUUCAAGGUCUUGAAAAGCUCCUAAAGGUCAUGCACAUCUAUAAUCAAGGUUACUUCGAGAUACAUACCGGGAGCACUGGCCCAGUUUUUGACCAUGGUGGACCAAGUGCUUUCUGGCAGCCUUCCUCUAAUAAAAAUGUAGUCAUCAAAUACCAACUGACCAGCUAAGAAAAGUAAUGUGGAAGAACUGUGCAGUCACAAGGACUUGCCAUGAGCCAGAGGAGCACACGAAAGGGACACUUUUGGUCUAAUAACUCAUUUUACCAGUGGUGUAUUUCCGCACACAAUGGAGAACACACAUGCUCAGCUCCAGGCAUGGAAAACAGCACUUCUGAAGCCUCUGAAUGUGGCUCUGCAGGCUGUGGCAGAAGCAAUGGCCCAGGUAGCACUCAACUAUGAUGUGGAAAAGUAGCACUUUGUCUUGAGCAGCUACCACCUGCAGUCCAGCACAGGAUAUGAAGCAAAUGUCCUUCCAAGCUUACACUUACCCUUUUAGCCUACUCAACAAGCCCUCCUUCAUCCUCAGAUAUACAUGUUGUCCUUCCAGACAACACCGAAGUAUCAUUGGCUAAGAUUUGAGCCUUUCUCUGGGGAAAUGUAAAUAGAAGACUGACAGACAAAUGACAUUUCUGAGAAUACUCAAGGAAACAGCCAUUUAAAUAUUAUAUGAUUCUGUAAAGGUUUGUUGUGAAUCUUGAUCUCUUUCUUCCCAGAGUCCUUCUAGUAAGCGCAUGCCCGAAUGUCCUGCAUUUUCACAGUACGUCUUGUAGAUAAAAACCCUGAGUCUCACUUGUAAUUAGUUUUAUAUAUCUUUAGUAUAAACAUUAAAUACUAUAUGUUUAGUCCAUAGUGUUUCAUCACAGUUAUACUCAGAGCUCUUUGUAUAAACUAUCUGGGUUUAAAUGCAGCUAAAAUGUCAAAAUGUAGCUCAGAUGUGUCUAUUUUCUGAUCUUCAA